AUGUCUUCCCCGCACGCCGAAGCGGGGACCCUUCCCACCAAGGGAUCCCAGGACUCGCUACCCGCGUUCGCCAUCGACGAGAAGGAGGGAGGCGAUGUGAUCCGGAUCCCGCAGACGGCCCAGGCUGCCUACAAGGGCAUUUUCUCGCCCCGGCGUAUGCAGGUCAUCGCUCUCGGAGGUUCUAUUGGUAGCGGACUGUUCAUUACCACCGGCCGUGGUCUGUCUACCGGCGGCCCCGGUGGCUUCGUUUUCGGCUACGGUUUCGUCGCCAUCCUGGUUUGGUGUGUGUUGCAGCUGCUCACCGAGAUGACCAUCGCCUUUCCCGUAUCCGGUAACCUGUUCGAGUACGCGGACCGUUGGGUUGACCCGGCCCUGGCCUUCGCCGCCGGCUUUGCCGAGUGGCUCGGAUGGACUGCCGUGUGCGCGGCUGAGGCCACCAUGUUCACCGUUCUGAUCAACUACUGGGCUGAGGGCAGCGUGCACGAUGCUGUCUGGUUGUCCAUCUUCCUCGUCAUUGUCUUCGGUCUGUUCUUCUUGCCCAGCAAGGCUUUUGCUUGGUUUGAAUACGUCACGUCCCUGGUCAAGGUCGUUGCCUUCUUGACUAUUUUCUGGUCCUCGGUCGCAAUCAUGGCCGGCGGCGGUCCGAAGGGCUUCGUCCACACGGGAGAAACGUGGAGGAACUCUGUGGUAUUCAAGAACGGCUUUGCGGGUAUUGGCCAGUGCAUGAUGUUGGCAUGCUGGGCUUACGGUGACCAAGUCUUCAUCGGAAUCAUGGGUGGUGAAGCAUUCUUCCCCCGUCUUUCCAUGGGUCGCGCUUGCAAGAUGGUCACUGGUCGCAUGUUUGUCAUCUACAUGAUGUCCAUCAUGUGGAUUUCGCUCCUCGUUCCGUCCGACGACGAUCGUCUGUACGGUUCUUCGGGUGCUGCUGCGUCGCCCUUCAUCAUUGCCAUGCAGGACGCCGGUAUCACCGGUCUCCCUCACUUCCUUAACGGCGUUAUUGUCGUCGGUGUGACUGCCAUUGCUUGCGAGAGUAUUUACAUUGCGUCGCGUACCCUGCGGUCACUGGCUGCGCAGGGUCUGAUUCCGAAAUUCAUGGCGACUGUCGAUGCCAGGGGCCGUCCGCGGUGGAGUCUUGCUGUGACGAGUGUCGUCGCAGUCAUCCUGACCUACAUCAACCUGAGCAGCGGUGGUGUCACCAUCUUCACGUGGUUCACGUCCAUCACGUCCUCCUCUUUCUUCUCCGUCUGGAUUAUUCUCGUCAUCGUGUCCUGGCGCUUCCGCGCCGCCCUGAAGGCUCAGAACGACCCGCUUUUCGACCAAAUCUACGCCUGGAAGGCGACUUGUUAUUACUUCACGCUGGGCUGGCUGGCACUCGGCUGCGCGCUGCUCACCGCCGCCUGCAUCUACGUCGGCCUGUACCCCGUUGACGGCGGUGGCCUGUCGGUCGAGUCGUUCUUCCAAUACGUGCUGGGCCUGAUCCUUAUCCUUACUAGCUACGUCGGCUACAAGGUCAUCUUCCGCACCAAGAUCCGCGACGUCAAGACGGUAGACUUGAUGUCUGACCGCCGGCCGCUGAGCGACGACGACAUCGCGGAGUUGGACGCAUACUACAGGCAGGGAAUUUACAGGCGUUUCGCGAGCUAUUUCACUAUUUGGUAG